AAGUUUGACAGAUCCUUUGCCAGGACCUUUUGUUCUGGAGUGUUGAUAGCACACAACAAAAAAAAAGCAUCUCGUCGAAAAGCUGUGUUGCAAUGUUUAGCGUGUUGUUAAAAUAGGAAUAAUUGGUGCGAAAACAGUGUAAUUACCCGUCGAAAGUGGCUCCUAUGUGGUAAACAUGAUCUCGAAUGCAUUGUGCGAUCUGGAGAAAUGUGUGGACACUGCCGGAGUCCAGCUCGAUUCGCUUGCACUCAAACUGACCGACGUCGAGCGCAACCUGGACGAGAAUGAGCUCGAGUCGCUGGAAAAUGAGUCCGUCAUGGAGCUGCUAGAAUCGGUGACGGAGGUGAAGAACGAGUAUCAGAAUUUGCGCAAGGAUUUGCAGGAAGUGCAGCAGCUGCAGAAGGAAAUGACCAACUCGCUCCGCUAUCAGCUGCGCAACAUGACGCAAACGUUCCGCGGGCUGAAGAAAAAGAUCGAAUCGAACUCUAUCCCCGUACACCUUGUGCCACCGCCGGCCGGAUCGUCUUCCAGGGGUGCGGGUGGACAUGAGGGGCGCGAAGCGCAACACCAUCAUGCGCACCCACCGGGCCAGCUAUUACUGCCCCAGCCCGAUCUGACCGUGCACGAUCAUGGACCGAGGCGGCUGAUGGGAGGCGCGGGCGGCAGCAUGCUGAAGAGUGUCAGUAAGAACUGAGUAAACCGUUCCCGUGCAUCGUUUGGUAAAAUUCGAAGCACUGUCCUCGCUGGCAUCGAUCAGCUUACGACAAGCAUCGCCUGCCGGUUGCUAUCGGGCAUCACGCAUUACGUACCCAUACGUUGAUUCUACCACCCAUCAUGCCACCAGUUCGUUCGCUCACACGACAUUAUCGCCCAACCCACCCACCCCCCGGUGCGAAUAGUUGUCCAUCGCCAUGCGAGGAGCUGGAUAAUGCGGUGGCCGCCAAAAACAGCCUGUCAGAACGGUGCGUGUGUACUCCGGGCUGUCGUCACCGUGGGGUGACGACCAUCAUCUGCUCCUGUGUAUGCGUGUGUGUGUGUGUGCCUGGUUGUGUUACUUUAAUUAUUUCCUUUAUUGCAUUCAGUUUGAUCGUUUCGUUCGCCAUUCACUACCAGAAUGUGGCUUUAAAUACCGUGCUGCAGGUGUCUCAUCCUACCGUUAUCACCCUCCACCCCUCAGUUAGAUCGUGUACUAUCCAUAAUCAUUUUUCGCUAGCCGAACAUCCUGGUACUUCAACUGCCGGCAGCUGUACCACAAGAAUACGGGACUAAAUUGGAAACUGAAAUCCAACCGACCCGAUCGAUCGUUAGUGAAUCGUUGCUAGGCUACAUAAUAGCGAAGACCCUGUGUCGAAAGCAUGCCAUUUAAAGCUUAUCAUUCUAAGCGUCCCAUCCAAUGCGACUGUGUUGCUAUGAUUACAGUUUCCUCUCUAGCCUAGACGACGUGCAGACAAACACAGAAAGAGGGAGAGCGAGUAAGAAGCGAGCGUAGGAAAAAGGAUAUGGCUUAAUAUCGAUCAGUGUAAUCAUGAUAAAUUCCCAAAUGCUGUUUUUUUGGAGACUACCCCGGACAAACGUGAACCACAAUUACGAACGCACAACUAACAGUUGACUGAUCAGACAUUGCUGAACUCUAGUAAUCGUACGUUGGUUGAGUUUUGUUUAAACAUUUAUUACUACUUAUGUGUGUGUGUGUUUGAGCAUGUUGAGGAUUUAAAUUCAGAGAAUGCUUCCCAGUUUGAAUUCUUCCAUUUUUAAUCCGCAUAAUGUCUCUUGCUCUUAUUUUGCCUUGCUACGCAUGAUGUUAUCGAUUGUUUGCAUGAUGUCCAUCUAUAUCCAUCAUCCAUAUUAAACGUGUGACGAUUCCUAGUAGUGCGUGAUUGUCUAGGGGCUCCAAAAGCUCCGUUACUACUAGAGCACCACCAAACACCUUUAUCGUGCACCAAGUAUACGCACGGCAAACAAACUUUAAACGUGCGCCAAAAAUAUAUGUCUUAACUAUAUUCUAAAGCAUUUACUAGUGCAUAGUAUACAAAAACAAGUAGACAAUUGCAUCCGCUAGCACGUUUCGGUUGAACGUGGUGGCAAUGUUGAAUGUAAUGUAAGCAAACCAAACACAUAUUUAAAAAACAGUCGAAUGCGUAUUACGUGGGUAGAUUGAUGUAUCAUCCCUUCAUGAUCACGAUCGGUAGUUAGUAGUUUAACCGUCAUCUUUACAUUUCCACCAAAUCCCAUCACAUUUGUACAUUCUGUAACAAUGCUUUCAUGUUAAAGAAUACAAUUUUGUAUUGUUUCCCACAACGACUAUCAGCUAUCACAAAUCAUGCUGUAGUGCUUGCGUGCCAUUAUUGUCCCUUUUCACCAAACACUAUGCAUUCCGUACGUUCCAUCCAGCUCGUUUUGAAUCAUGCACAUCUACACACAUUGUUGUUGUUCGAGAAGCCAGUUUGAAGCAAGUUUCAUUAACAAACCAAAACUUCGAAUUUUUCCGCACGAUGCGCCACGGAAGUGCAUUUAAGGGUAAGGAAGCGUACGGUACGUUUGAAAUUAAAAAUACACAUCCUACACACAUACACGGCCCCAUAUUGGGGGGCCAAAAAAAAAACGUGAGCGGCUCGUGGCUCGUCAAAAUUGCACUCCUCGUACCCGUAUGCUCUUCUUGCCCACACGAAAGACCCGCCCGAUCAGCGGAUCAGCGAGAAACCGUUUGUUUAAUUUCUUUCUUGUAGGGCAAACGCACGAUCGUACGCAUCUUGCGGCGUGCACUAGGUGGACAAUUUGUACCUGACUUGGUUUGGAGCGAUUUGUUGUACCAAACAUACUGGUGGCGAACGUUGCACGUUCAUUGCUACUGCAAACUUUAGCAGGAAUUGUAUGUGUGCUUGUGGUUUGAUAUUCCUUAAGCCAGACGUAUCGGAAUUGGACAUUCGCGAAGCGCAGACCAUUUUGGGGGCAUUCAUCCUUUCCUGCCCGCUUAAACCUAAACGUUCGGUGCGUACCGUUAGGGAUGCAAUUGGGAAUGCUGGUGCGGCGUGUUACAGUAGCUCUCCAACAAUUAGGACACUAAAACAAGACUGUAGUUAUCUAAGGCAAACCCCGUUUUAGAAUUUGGCACCUGAAUGUUAAAAGGUAUUUUGCAGGUACCACAUGUAUUGUGUGCUGCACAAUAUCGGUAUUUGUUACUAAACAAACACGUUGGCUCACUCACUAAACACUCGGAAAUUAUUAUCGGAUUCCACCACCUACAUUGUUUUGAUUUACAUACACUUCUCUGUACUUUUGAUAAUAAUCCGUCGUUGCUCACUGAACGAUUACUAGCGUUCUUGUUCACCAUAGUUAAUGUGGCUCUCGAUUGUUCGCUACACCCAACUUAAGGUACUUGCAGGAAAACAAAAUUAUUAAAACGAAUCGUUACAUUAUAGGAAAAAAAAGUUCGGUUCCACGCACAAAGGGAAAGAGAUGAUUUUCAACCCCCUCCCCACACACAGAUCUGAUAAUAAAUGUUUCAAUUGUGAACUUUAUCAUAA